AUGGAAAACAACGGAGGCAAUUUCAGACGACGGAAUGGGUAUCGCUUCGCCUUAGACGCCUUGGACGAGAUGAUCCAUUUGCUUGAAGGGAUUAGGACCGAUGUACAGCGGCAUCAGCAACCCGAGCAUGAUGAGCAACCCGAGCCUGAUGAGCAGCCCGAGCCUAAUGAGCAGCCUGAGGGUGGGGAUCCGCCUCCUAGAGGGUGGUGGCACACGGUCUCCGACUUCUUGACAAGCUGGUGGGACAGCAUCACUAGCAUAUGUGGGUGCGUGUGGGAUAGUAUCACUAGCUUAUUUGGGCGCAUUUGGACCUUGAUUACAUCCGCGGCUUCUGCUACUUAUGAGGCGCUGUGUGAUCUUAUAGUUCUACUUCAUGACUUUAUAAGAGAUAUGGUCUCUCAACUGCGCCAACUCUUUGGGGAAGGGAGGGGGGAAAGCUACCCAAAUACUCCUAUGAACUCAGUAUAUGGCCCGGACCUGAAGUUCAGGUCCUGA